CAUCACCCAGCCUCGGCGCAUUAGCGCCAUCUCCGUGUCCCAGCGCGUGGCUCAGGAGCUGGGCCCCAACAUGAGGAAAAACGUGGGCUACCAGGGCAUCCAGAAGCAAAACCCCGGGCUCCGGCUGGUGCUGAUGAGCGCCACGGGGGACAACCAGCGGUUCUCACAGUACUUUGGGGACUGCCCGGUGGUCAAGGUGCCAGGCUUCAUGUAUCCUGUCAAAGAGUAUUACCUGGAGGAAAUCAUGGCCAUGCUGCGGCGCCACAGGCACCGGCACUAUGAGGUCAAGCAGUUGGAUGAGGAGUGUGCCCUUGACCUCGAGCUGAUCACUGACCUCAUUCUUCAGAUCGAUGCCCACGGAGAGCCAGGCGGGAUUCUGUGUUUCCUCCCUGGCUGGCAGGAGAUCAAAGGAGUGCAGCAGCGUCUCCUGGAGACUCUUGGUCCUCACAGCAACCGCUACCUUGUCUUACCAGUUCAUUCCAACAUCCCAAUGAUGGACCAGCAGAGCAUGUUCCCACGUCCUCCUCCCGGCAUACGGAAGAUCGUCCUGGCCACCAACAUUGCCAAAACCUCCAUCACAAUCAACAACAUUGUGCAUGUUGUGGACAGCGGGACCCACAAGGAGGAGCGCUACGAUCUCAAGACCAAGGUCUCGUGCCUUGAGACUGUUUGGGUAUCCAAGUCUAACGUCAUCCAGAGACGAGGGGGCGCCGGCCGCUGCCAGUCUGGCUUUGCCUACCACCUCUUCCCUCGCAGCCGCCUGGAAAGGAUGCCCACCUUCCAAGUGCCUGAGAUCCUCCGCACCCCCCUUGAGAACCUGGUGGUUCAAGCUAAGAUACACAUGCCGGAGAAGACAGCCGUUGAGUUCCUCUCCAAAGCCAUGGAUAGUCCUGACAUCAAAGCUGUGGAUGAAGCAGUCAUCCUUUUGCAGGAGAUUGGUGUGCUGGACCACAGGGAGGCCUUGACCACUCUGGGCAAGCGCCUGGCUCAGAUCUCCACGGACCCACGACUGGCCAAGGCAAUAGUGCUGGCUUCCAUCUACCGCUGCAUCCAUCCCCUCUUGGUCAUCGUCUCCUGCCUCACAAGGGACCCGUUCAGCAGCAGUCUGCAGAACCGCACGGAGGUGGACAAGGCCAAGGCUAUCCUGAGCCGGGAGAGCGGCAGCGACCACCUGGCGUUCGUGCGGGCGGUGGCAGGCUGGGAGGACGUGCUGUGGCGCAGGGACAGCCGAGCUCGCGACAACUACCUGCAGGAUUACCUCCUUUAUGCACCCAGCCUGCGUUUCGUCAACGGCCUGGUGAAGCAAUUCUCAGAAAACCUCUACGAGGCCUACCUGGUGCCAACCCCCUCGGACUGCCUCUUGCCAUCAUCCGUCUGCAACCAGUACAGUGAAGAAGAAGAGCUGGUGAAGGGUGUUCUUAUGGCUGGGCUCUACCCCAACCUCAUCCAGGUCAGGCAAGGCAAAGUGAACAGGCAGGGCAAGUUCAAGCCCAACAGCUACACGUACCGGACCAAGGCUGGGACUGUCCUCCUGCACAAGUCAACCAUCAACAGGGAGGCCUCAAAGCUCUACACCCGCUGGCUGACGUACUUCAUGGCGGUCAAGUCCAACGGCGGCGUCUUUGUGCGCGACUCCUCUCAGGUGCACCCCCUGGCCGUGCUGCUCAUGACGGAUACAGACAUCCACGUGCGGGAUGAUGGCUGGCGAGCAACCGUAUCCCUCGUUGACAGUGACCUGCUGGUACUGGAAGGGGACUCCUACACCAUCCGGCUCCUGCGUGACUUCCGUGUGGCCCUCUCCAGGAUGGUGGAGAUGUGCCUUUGCUACGAGAUGGCAGCCAUUCCUGGAGAUCUUCACCACCAGCACAGCCAGCUGCUGGACAUCCUAGUGGACCUACUCAAAGGGCCUCCAGGCAGCUUUGGAGCUUAGAUCUGGCAGCAGCCCAAGAAUCUGG